CAGCGGGGGCGCGUUCACGCGGCUCGGAGGAGGGAGGGUGUGCUGGCUUGUGUCAUGCGGGCAGCCCGGAGGAGCGGCAGACGCUCGGUGCUUCAGCUCCAUCAUGGCUCUCAACAUCCCCGGGGUGACCGUGAUGAUGUUCUUCUACCUGCUGGUGCUCGGCAUCGGCAUCUGGGCCUCCGUCAAGUCCAAGCGGGAGGCCAAGAUGCUCCAGGGCGAUAAGACGGAGAUGGCGCUGCUGGGCAACCGGGGCAUCAACCUGGUGGUCGGCAUCUUCACCAUGACAGCUACAUGGGUUGGAGGAGGAUUCAUCGUGGGCACAUCGGAGGCGGUGUACAACCCCUCCAUGGGCCUGAUCUGGGCCGUGAUGCCGGUGGCAGCGACCAUGUGCUUCAUCAUCGGUGGUCUGUUCUUUGCCGAGCCAAUGAGAAACAACAAAUAUGUGACCAUGAUGGAUCCUUUCCAGAUCAAAUAUGGAAAAGUGCCGACGGCUGCUUUGUCGCUGGCCUCACUCAUAUCGGAGAUCAUGUGGGUGACAGGAACCCUCAUAGGAUUAGGUGUAACCAUGAGUGUGAUCUUGGAUCUGUCCUACACCGUCAGCAUCUGGAUCUCUGCUGCUGUGGCCAUCACCUACACUCUGAUGGGAGGUCUCUACUCUGUGGCCUACACUGACAUCAUCCAGCUCAUCCUCAUCUUCAUCAGUCUGUGGCUGUGUGUCCCUUUCGCGAUGAUUAACCCGGCUGUGACUGACAUCACGGAGACGGCCUACAACUUCACCUUCCAGUCUCCGUGGGUCGGGACUCUGGAGGCCGACAGAGCCUGGAGGUGGAUCGAUAACUUUCUUCUGCUGGGUUUGGGAAACUUGGGUCUCCAGAACUUCCACCAGAGGACGCUGUCUGCCGCCUCCUCAUCUACGGCCAAGAUCACCUGCUUCGCUGCCGCGAUCAUCGUCCCCACAUUGGGGAUCCCGCCCAUUAUCCUCGGAGCUGUGGCUGCAUCAACAAACUGGAACCUGACGUCUUAUGGAUCACCGUCUCCGUUUGAGCGCGGGGAGACGGGACUCGUCCUGCCCCUCGUCCUGCAGCACCUCACCCCGACCUACAUCUCCAUCGUCGGCAUCGGGGCGGUGGCCGCUGCCGUGAUGUCCUCCACUGACUCGGCCCUGCUGUCUGCAGCUUCCAUCUUCACCUCCAACAUUUAUAGAAACAUCCUGAGGACACAGGCGUCAGACCGGGAGAUCCAGUGGGUGAUCCGGAUCUCGGUGGUGGUGGUUGGCCUGGCCGGCACCUCGCUCACCUUCCUGGACAACAGCGUCCUGAUGAUCUGGCUGCUUCGCUCCGACCUCACCUACACGCUCAUGCUGCCGCAGCUCGUCUGCGUCCUCUUCUUCCCCAUCUCUAAUGGUUACGGGGCCGUUCUGGGCUGCGUGAUGGGCAUGUUGUUGCGGGUGUUGUGCGGAGAGCCGCUGCUUGGGAUUCCGACCAUUAUCAAAUUCCCAGGAUGCACUCUGGUAAACGGAGUCUACGUCCAGCAGUCCCCGAUCAGAACCAUCUGCAUGCUGACGGCUGUGGCGUCCAUCUUGCUGUUUUCCUACCUGACGUCCCUGCUCUUUAACCGCGGACUGAUUCCUGAGAAGUGGGACUUUUUUGAUGUAAAGAAUCAGUACGCAAUACAAACACCAGGUGUCGUCAGCUCAGAAACCAAGGAAUCGAACCUGGAACAAAACGAGAACAACGAGGCGUGUGAACCGAUGUUAGAAUCAACGUGUUAAGUGAGAAAUCGCAUUUUUCUUCUGUUUGAACUGGUUAAAGAACAAAUGUUUGUAUUUUAUAUUUUACUUUUAUAUGAAAAAGAAAAACACGACAUCUAUGCUCUUCGUUGUAAGAGCUCAGAAUGUUCUCUGCAAUUUUAUGCAGCAGUGAUACUUUCAAGCAUUGAAGGAUUAUACGACAAUAGACCCCUGAGCACAGACAAGUAGAAGACAUCGCCCCAAAAUAAUCCUUGUGCUCGUCUCACGUCUUUUGAUCAAGUUACUAAAACGACUGGUUAAAGAAUUACAGCUGCUGGAAACUGCAGCUGAACUUCAGCUUCACAUAUUAUACACAAUUGUACAGAACAACACAAAAUAUUAAGAGAAAAAUCAAGAAAACUCUAAAGCACUCUCCUUUAAUCACGCCACAGUCGAAUUAAACCCAAAAUCAGAUGCGUUUCGCCAUAAAAGCCGUUCCCCCCCGAACAAAAAAUAGCAUGUUUAUUUAAAAACGUAAAUGUUGGUGCAACUACGGCAGACGUGAAGGUCAUUUAUUUCGAGGUAGAUGACAUGAGUUAAAAUGUGCGUUUAAUAAAAUACACUAGCUGCUGCAUCUGUAGAGAACUUUAAAAUCCAUGUCACUGUCUCUUUAAUAGGGCGGAGUUUAUAUACACGCCGCUGCUGAUUGGACAACACCUGUGACACCAGGAAACAGGUCAUUUAUCAUGGAAACUGUAGCAAAACGCUGCGAAACAUUUUUUACGUGGAGAUCAACUCGGUGAAGAUUGAGCGGCGCGAUUCGCUUCACAUUCGCGUGUUAUAGCGGUGCUCCGCCAAUAGGAAUGUCUCCGUUGGACAUGUGGUCGAGAGAGGAUGUAAACAAUGAGGUUAAAGUGACCCACAACAUUUUAACUGUCAGUUGUUCACCUCUGUGGGUUUGUUUGUAACCACGAUUACGCAGAAACUACUGGAUGGAUUUCCACGAACCUUGGUGGAAGGAUGUGGUAUAGGUCAGGAAAGAAUCCAUUAAAUUUUGGUGCAGAUCCAUUUGUUUAAUCUCUUUCUUCAACAUUGUGAGACAGGACAUUUUUUAUUUCCCAGAGAAUAAUUCAUGGAUCUUGAUGAAAAACAUCUGGUUUCUGUGAGUGUGUGUAACUUGGUGCAGCUGGAUUGAAUUAAAGGGACUGUAGGCGGAUGUAUGGGCUCUACUGAGUCACGUUCGAGUUUUAAAGGAGAGUGCCUCGGAAGUUUCUCUGAUUCUUCGUGUCUCCCAUCCUGAGAGCAAAGAGUUCAGGAAGCUCUGAAUCAAACAAUUUGUAUUUGUACAAAAUAUCAAUAGAAUAUAAAUCAGUAUUAGACGCUAUGAAAAACAUGUGGUGAAUAUUAUUCUCGUUAAAAUUAGUUUCUCUGCUGUCAGUCGUACUCAAAUUGCUUUGAACACUGUAGUCUACAGUCAUUGUGGCAAAAUACAUUAAAAUAUCAGAUCAAACUUUAUUUUCAGAUAUAAAUAAUAAGACCAUGAGACGUUCCUCCAGUUCUUUGACUCUGGCUUCGGGGCACCUGUCCUGGGGAUGCUCAUGUGAUAAUCCAUCCGUGCUCUGGAAGUAAUUUUAUCUUUGAAUGCUCGCCAUUCUUCUUUUACUCUACGUCCUGGUUUUACUGCCGUUUAAGAACAGCGACCGUGGACAGUGAGGUCUUGUUGAUGUGGAAAACGAGGCGCCACCAGAGGUUUGGUUUAAACUGCCGCCGACGCGCUAUGACAAACUGCCAAAUGAAUAAAUUCAGAGAAAAGCCAGCUGGAAGUCUUUAACAACCCAGUGACCGACUCUUUUAAGACCGAUUGAUUAAAUGUUGCUGUAACUCAGGGCAGAGAAAAACAGAUUAUAUGGAACCAAAGAGGCUUUAGUGGCCAGAACUCCUGAAUAUAAUCUGUUAAUUUAAAAUAAACCUCCUGUCUAUCACACACACAGUCAUGGUUUAUGGUCUUGAAGGGUUAUUUCAGCUUUCCUGAUGAGCUGUGUGUGUUUUCUGUUGUGUUAUCUAUGAUUUAAAUUCAGAUUGAAACACUUUCUCCACUUAGCGCUUAUAAAUAUUCUGUAUACAAUGAAGAAUCACACACUAAUGAUUGUCAAUAAUUUAAAAAAGGACGUUCUGGUAUUUGUCGAACUUAAUUUAAUGUUUCAAGAGCCGAGAACAAAAUCAGGAUCAAUAUCAGGAGAAAAUGGGAGAAUCACUGACGAGCCUCCGACGACACAAAUCAUGUGACACAGCAAUCGCUAGUUCUUGCAGAUUUUUUACAUAAUUGGGUUGUUUACUAGAAUAUGCUUAAAUGCUGUAAAUGUUGAAUUACUAAUUAUUUAUCUCGUAGCGUUCACUGCCAUCUCCCAAAAAUAACAAUCUGCUCUAAUCAUAAAGGUAAAUAAAGAUGGAUGAUGUUACAGUUUCCCCAAAAGUGAAAGUGAAAGAACAUCCACUAAAUACCUGGAAAGUAAACAAAUACUGAAAUUCCCCUUCAAGCACCUGGACUAUGUUUGAGGUGUGAUGAUGCUGCUUUUUUUCUCCUCUGACAUAACUAAUAUUAAUGUUUUAGAUUAUUGAGAAGGUUUUAAAAAGAUAAUUGAAUAGGGACUGUUUAAAAUAUUUAAACCUGCAUGGCUUCAUGGCUAAACCAGUCCUAAUAAUACGUCUUUAAUUUGCUGUGAGUCCACAGGCUUGAACUUGACUUCAUGUGUCCUGUGAGCUGAUAACAACCCUGUGCUUGGUAAUUAACCCGGGGACCGUUUGGCAUGUGGAGCAGUGACAGAUGCCUGGCCUGUCCCUCCCUGAGUCAGUCUCAGUCACGUAACAGUCUGUCAGUGUGGUAUCGUACGAGGUGACAUCUCGCUCCCAACUGCCUGUGAGCCAACAGCUCGGCUGGAACAAUCGUCCCACAGGACGCAACACACACUGAAAUAGAGUCCUGCUAAAAUAAGACCGACGCUGAAGGACGCUGCUCCGGCUGCUUCCUAACCCCCCCACUGCUACGGUUAAAGAUACACUAUGAGACUUUUACUGAGCUGCAGCGCCCUCUGCAGCCGCACGUGGCGUUGGGCUCUGUGUCCGAGCAGUAAAAGGUUUCCUGCCUUCAGAUACUAAAAAAAGAUACGUUCUUUUCUAACAUGCUUUGCUGGUUAUUAAGUAAAUAACCACGAGAGGGCAGCGUAGAGUCUAGAGUUUAUGACGACAGCAACAAAAAAUGACGGCGGAGGAGGUUUAGAUGAUGUUCGUCUUAAGAAAGAAACAAAAGAGGCCAGAUUGUAACGGCACUAGUCCAACUUACCAACUCACCAACUUAGUUAGCUUUCGGGAGACGUGCGUGGACAGAAAGCUCCGUCUGUUUUUGUUUCUAACGCUGAGCAUAAAUGAGCCUUAAGUGCAAGGCCGUAGUCACGAAGUGAACAUUUGGAGGGACCAAAAUCUCACAACUCAUCAAUGAAUUUUUAUGUAUUUUGUUAUUUAAAACAAUGUUUAAUACUGAAACGGAAACGGUCUUAUGCAACUAGCCAAUAGCAUUCAUGGAAACAAAUAACGUUAAUGACUGCCAACAUUUCUGAAGGUUGAUUGCCGUCCGUAGUGAUCGUGACGAGCAGCAAACAUAUGCUGGACCACUUGUGUUUGAAUGUCUGUGUAUGUUGAAAAGAGAAAAGCAAAGUCACAAGCAACACUCAUUAAAUGUGAUAUAUCCAC